AUGGGUAGACCCGGUGGCUUGCACUUGUUCCCUGGAACAUUGCAAGGGCAUGCUAGAGACUGGUUUACUGGCUUACCUGAAAGAAGUAUAAAAGAUUUGAAAGAAAAAUUUGUUGCUCAUUUCUUUCAACAAAAGAAACACCAGCGUAAUCACUUAGAAGCCCACUUAAUAGGACAAAGGGAGAACGAGCCACUCAGAGAUUUUAUGUUGAGAUUCACUCAAGAAUGUCAAAGGAUACCUCGUCUGCCAGAAAGUCAACAGAUCUCGGGCUUUACUCUUGCCUUGCAUCCCGGAGGUCUCCAAGAAAAGUUGACUACAAAAGUUCCUAAGACUUUCAAGGAAGCCAUUGAUCGAGCCUAUGAUUACCUCCGUUCUAGAGAAACCUCCACGUUAGUAAGGGAGAUGAUAAGAAAGGAUAAGUCAUGGGCAGGACCCUCUGGAGGGAAAAGGCCUCGUUUUGAUGUUAGACGAGAUGGCCGCAGGGAGGAUUACAGAAGAGAUAUAAGAAGGGAUGAGCAUCUUGAUAGAAGAGAUAAGAGGCCAGUUCAAUUUGGCAAAAGUGUCCAUCUUGUGGACUUAACAAAGUCUCCAAAAAAGAUCUUAAAAACUGAGAGGGUAGGGUCAACUUUCAAACCCCCUCCCCCUCUCAGAUCUGCAAAGAAGAACAUGAAUAAGUAUUGUGAUUUUCAUGAGGAUCAUGGUCAUGAUACUAAUGAUUGCAGAGAACUCCAAGCAGAAAUCAAAAGGGCUUUAGACGAAGGAAAAUUGGAGCAUCUUGUUCCUGGAGCCAAGCAGGGAAGGAAAAUUCCUGCAAAGAAAACUUUUGCAUGGCAGAAGGCACCAGUCAAAAAAGAAAACAAUGACGAUCCAGGUCCAGCAGAAGGACAUGUUUGCAUGGUACACCAAAGAAGAGAUCCAGGGAAGCGUAAAGCAAAUGUAUUGGAAGGUUGGGCGGUGGUGCCAAUUUCCUUCCCACCUGUUGAAACGGUAUCCUCAGACCCUGUCAUCAUACAAGCUCGCCUCGCAAACUUUCAGGUUGGAAAAAUAUAUUUAGAUAAUGGGAGCUCUUCAGACAUUAUCUAUGAACAUUGCUUUAAUAAACUCCCCCAAAGAGUUAGAGACCUCAAGCGCCCGCCUUAG